AUGAAGAUAAUGAAUGAUUUGGGAUUGGGUUACGAGAAAAUCCAUGCAUGUCCGAAUGAUUGCAUGUUAUAUUGGGGAGAAUUUGCAGGAAAAAGUGAGUGUCAUAUCUGCCACAGAUCAAGGUGGAAGAAUGUGAAAGAAAAGGAGGGUGAGAGUAGUGUGAAAGACAAAGGAACAUGUAAGAAGGGUGUUCCAGCUAAAGUGAUGUGGUACUUUCCUCUGAUCCCUAGACUAAAGAGACUUUACAUGUCAUCUAAAACAGCAGAGGACAUGAGAUGGCAUUUUGACCGCAAGGAUGGAAAUAUCAUAACUUACCCGACGGAUGGUGAAGCUUGGAAAAUGUUUGAUAAAAGAUAUGAGGAAUUCGCCAAAGAUCCUCGUAGUUCGACAUCAUUUAUUUUGUCUGUGCUUAUUCCGGGGAAACAGGGUCUUGGUAUGGAUAUUGAUGUGUACUUGCAACCAUUAAUCCAUGAGUUAAAAUUGUUGUGGGAAGGUGUAGAUGCCUUUGAUGCUUAUAGCGGAAAAAAUUUCAAGAUGCGAGCAGCCUUACACUCCACUAUAAAUGACUUUCCAGCAUAUGCUAUGUUGUCGGGUUGGAGUACAAGAGGUUAUAAAGCUUGCCCUUCAUGUGUUGAUUCUACUUAUUAUUAUAGUUUUGGUGGUAAAAUUGUCUACCCUGGGUGUCGAAAAUGGUUACCAGUUGACCAUCCUUAUCGUUCUCAAACAAAUGAAUUUGAUGGGACAGAGGAACAUGGUCUUGCUCCGGUUCGUGUAAGCGGGACAGAAGUUUUGAAGCAACAAGAAAAAGUUAAGUAUGUGUAUGGAAAGUCAAAAGUUAUUCGGAAAAAAAGAGGGAGACUAGAAGAUGAUGAACUUGAUGAUGAUGAUGAUGAUAAUGAUGAUAAUGAUCAGGAUGAGUCUAAUCGUGUUCUGCGGAAAAAGAAAAGUAAGCUUUUUGAAUUAGAAUAUUGGGAACAUAAUCCUCUUAGACACAACUUAGAUGUUAUGCACAUUGAGAAGAAUGUAUGUGACAAUUUCUUAGGAACUCUCUUAGAUAUGAGCAAGAGUAGAGAUGAUAAGAAUGCUAGAUUGGCCCUUAAAAAACUGAACAUAAAAUCUCAUCUUUGGCCUCAAUCUCAUCCAAGUCGUGUUAACGUCUAUUUGCCUCCGGCUGCAUACACCAUGUCUAAAGAAGAGAAAGAAAGAUUUCUUACAGUCCUACAAAAUCUUAAAGUUCCUGAUGGGCAUGGAUCUAAUUUGCAAAGGUGUGUGAAUUUGAAGCAACGAAAACUUAUUAAUCUGAAAAGCCACAACAAUCAUAUGCUCAUGCAAGAUAUCCUUCCUGUUGCUUUAAGAGCAUCUAAUGCUACAAAAGUAAUUGAUUUUCUCGAUGAAUUGUCGUACUUUUUCAAGAAGAUAUGUUCAACUGCUAUUGAAAGAAGUGAAUUAGAUACCAUUCCGUCGAAGCUUGUGUUGACUCUUUGUAAGAUGGAGAAAGAGUUUAUGCAACCUUUUUUCACAAUCAUGGUGCAUCUACUAAUUCAUCUAGCGGAGGAGGUCAAACUCGGUGGACCUGUCCAUUAUAGGUGGAUGUAUCCCAUGGAGAGGUAUUUGGCCUUUUUGAAAUCUCAUGUAAGCAAUAAAGCGCAACCAGAAGGAUCCAUAGCUGAAGGGUACCUUUUAUGGGAAACAAUUGCAUUUUGUUCGAGAUAUUUAGAAUGUGUAGAGACCAUAUUCAACAGACCGAAAAGGAAUGAAGAUGGUGUUCCAGACAUCAACAACUAUUUAUAUGGCUCUGCUGGUCGUGUAGUUGGGAUGAAAAAGAAUGUCCGUGUUGAUGACAAAAGUUUAAAGCAAGCACAUUGUUAUGUUUUGCUUCAUUCGGAUGAGAUGAAACCGGCCAAUAACCUAGAUGAUAGGACAAAAGAAGGAAAAUUGAGAAAAGCCUUGGCCUAUGGUUUAAGCAAUCGCGGCAAAAGGAUGAAAAGUGUUAUUAUCAAUGGCUAUAAGUUUAACACCGUGGACCGUGAGCGAUCUCGAAAGACUCAAAAUUCCGGAAUUAUGGUAGAAGAUGAUGGCCAAGAGUAUUACGGAAAACUUAAUGAAAUAUUAGAACUUGAUUAUUAUGGUUCUUUCAAAGUUCUAAUGUUCCGAUGUGACUGGGUUGAUGUACGGAGGGGUGUCAAAACAUACUCGAGUGGUAGAGUUCGUGUCAAUUUCUCAAAGUUGAUGCACACUGGUCCAAAUUUGGAUGAUGAUCCAUUUAUUUUCUCUUCUCAAGCAAAACAAGUUUUUUACAUUGAGGAUGAGAUACAAAAAGGAUGGCUUCGUGUUAUUAAGACUAAGCCUAGGGACUUGUUUGAUAUUCCUGAUGAUGACAAUGAUGAUGAGCUUCUAAAUGAUAGUGGUUUUAGCAAACUGUCUACAGAAGAUUGUUUGGGUCUUGAAUCUCUGUGUUUAGCUGAUUAUGCUACUGGAUCAGCAUCAAAUUCGCUACCAUCACGUACCUCAUCUUUGAGUGAAGAUGCAUCACAACCAACCAAAAAGCAUGCUACUCAAUCACAACCAUAUGAGGUGCCUAAGUCUGUUAGAUUUGGACCAUUCUCUCCACCAGGUACCACUGCAUCGAUGGUUGCACCUCUAUGUCCGAGUACUGCAAAAAGUGCACAACAAGCUAUAUGGAAAACACCACCUACUGGAUCAACAUCAAAUUCACUCGAGGCAUCAACUGAAAUAAAAUUCCACCUAAGAUUACUUCCAAGAUUUCAAUUCAACCUAGUAUCCCUCCUUCAAAACCAAUGA